AUGGAAGAAAAUGAUCGUAGCAACAGAGAUGUGGAGCGCCAGGAUUCGGGCGAUGAGUCCAAUAGAGCUAUUCUACCCCUGUUGCAGGCUCCUGGAAACCUACUCCCUCACAGAAUCACCAACUUUUACAUCGACAACAUUUUGAGACCAGACUUUGGUCGCAGGAAAGAAGGAACCAGGCGCGACGAAAUUAAUAUAGUAGAAAGAGAGAACCGCUGUCCAUCGGCUCCCGGAUCAGGGCAGGUAGGAGCUCCAGUGUCAGGGGAAGGAACCUCGAGCCCUCACCCAGUGAGCGCGUCUAAAAAAACUGAUAUUACCGCGGACGCACCUCUGAAACCCCGCGCAGAGACUGGAGAUCAAAGUUUAAGCUCAGAUUCGGAUUGCUCGCAAAGUAACGCUGCGCAGACGAAACAACCAAUGCUUUGGCCGGCUUGGGUAUAUUGCACAAGAUAUUCAGACAGACCUUCAUCAGGACCAAGAUCGCGCAAACCAAAGAAGAAAAAUCCAACCAAGGAAGACAAGCGUCCAAGAACAGCCUUCACAGCCGAGCAACUCCAGAGACUCAAGAACGAAUUCCAGAAUAACCGUUACCUGACGGAGCAGAGGAGACAAGCACUGGCCCAGGAACUCGGCCUCAACGAGUCUCAAAUCAAAAUCUGGUUUCAGAACAAAAGAGCGAAGAUUAAAAAAGCUUCGGGGAGCAAAAACUCACUUGCAUUACACCUGAUGGCACAGGGACUAUACAAUCACGCCACAUCAGCAAAGGACGACAAAUCAGACAGCGAUUAACGUGAAGGACAGGACAUCUGAAAUGCAAUAAUUCUUAGCAAGGGCCAGUGUACAAAAUACCAGCAUUAAACGGAUGAAAAUUAUAUGUAUGACAUUUGAUUCUGCAAUAUUUUAUGUAUAUAUAUAUAUAUAUACACACACUUUACGUGUACAGUGGUGUAAAACUUUUUCAAUUAGUAUCACUGCUGUACACUUACUGAAACUUCAGAUAUAGCGCGCGAAGAAAAGGACGCUUCUUUAUUUAAAAGAAAGAGGGAGCGAUUUGAUUGACACUUGACGUUGAGCCACAAGUGAACGUGUUAAAUCCAUGCUGAAGUCCAAAGAUUUUUCCUGCUGCAUUCAGGCGACUGUGAUUUAAAAUAAAUGGUCAAAAUGUUUUAUCUGAUUUAGAUGUUUGCUUGUUUUCAUGCAUAAUUUUAUUACUGGAUGAAUGUUUUACUUUAUUGACUGGAGUUGUGUUAGAGACAUGGUAUUUAAAAAGAGACAACAUUACAUAUCAUAUCAUGCUUACAAUAAUUCAGUAUAUUGUAUUUAAAAGAUCUAUGGUCUAAAAUACUAUCCGCAAGGAUGCUACACAUCCAAUAUCCUCACAUUUUCAGGAAAUAGAUCAGACAUCUGAAUGCAUACGAGUCAGUAAACCUCAAAACUACACUUCUAAUGCAAGUACUUGACUUAAGUUGUUGUCUGUUG